CCCCCGUCUUCUUCCUUCUUCCUUCUUCCUCAUACCCACCUCGCAUCCUCUUCUCUUCCCUCCAUCGAUCUUCCCUAUUAAUAUCCUCCAUCCUUCUUCUCUACCCAUUCCAUCCUCCUUCCUAUGACCUCUUGACCUCUUCACCUCUUCACCCCAUCCGUUGACCCCAUCCGAUCAUCCCGAGUCUCUGCUUUCAAUUCCCUUCAAUCCAACCACAAAUCCUCGACCCACCUCACCGUAUCCUCAACGACUUCUACUCACCGGUCCUCGAGUACACGCGUUCCAAGCCCAUUUCGACCCCACGUUCCAAUCACGACAGACGAAGCUCGCCGAUUGCUAUCAUAGCGUGGUCAGCACCUCCGCGCUCGUCCGCUGGUGCCUCGGCCACCAUUCUACCGUCCGUCACGUCUCCCGAAGAUGACGAGCAGAACCCCCAACAUUCGAGUGCUACCGCUAUGAGUGAUGUUGACACUGCCCCCUCCGUGCCAGCUACCCUGGAUGCCGGUCAACCUGCGCUCGCCCUCGAGGUGAACCACCGGUCCCCGGCCGCUCCGUCGUCGCCCCGGAGGGCCUCGCCACCCUCGCCCCCCCGACCAGAGGAGGCGUCGGAGGGCGAUGGGCCCCCGAGCCCCAAGGCCGACUCCGAGGCCGAGACCAUCAUCCAGUCGGGCCGCGAGUCGCUGUCGCCCCAGAAACGACGCAAGUAUAUUGAGCAUGAACCCACGAAACGACGUGACGAAGGACAUGAUGACCGUGUAGAACCUGGGGAGAGGGACCGUCCCCCGAAGGAGGUUCCGCCCCGACGGGGGAAUGCUGCGGAGGUGGUGGAUAGGGAGCCGCCCCCAACCCCCCCGUCGAUUGUCAAGCUCGAAAGGUCUGAGGAACUGGAUGCCGUCCCCCGCAAGCCCGCGCCCGCGCCCGCGACGUCGGCGCCCAGAUUGCCGAGGAAACGGAGCCUGAGUGAGGUGAUGGCCGGCGACGGGGACGCGGGUCGCCCUCCGCGCCAUCAUCCCGCGGCCUCGCGCCACCAGGCCCGGCGAGACCUGGGCGACGUCUCCCUUCCACCCCCCUCCGUCAAGGACCGAUCGACGUCGCCCGUGCGACACACCCACAAGCGGGCGGCCUCGGGCCCGCAGCUGGGCGGUAGCAGCAGCAGCGAUGCUGCGCCCCCGCGGAAGAAGAAGGCCCCAACACCCCUCGUCACGGGCUUCCCCCGGCAGAGUUCCGAGGAUCGGCAGUCGGUCUCGUCCUCGACCAGCGGCUCCCCACUCCCCACCGCGCACCUGCGCAAACUGGUUGACGGCGCGUCGGCGUCGCCAGCCCGCCCCAUGGGCAGCAAGAAACAGCGGGAUCAGAACGGUCGGACGCGGCUGGCGCGGGCCUGCGCAGCCCAGGAGCUUGAGGCGGCCAUCGCGCGACACUCGGAACGACCCGACGAUUUGAACGUGGCUGACAACGCAGGCAACACCCCCCUGCAGAUCGCCUCCCUCGAGGGGUGUGCCCCGAUCGUCAAGUUCCUGCUCGAGGCCGGCUGUGAGAUCGACACGAAGAACAUCGACAAGGACACGCCGCUGAUCGACGCCGUCGAAAACGGACACCUCGAUGUCGUGAAGCUGCUCCUCGCGGCGGGGGCCAACCCCCGAACCCUCAACGCCGAGGGCGACGAGCCGUACGAUCUGGUCCCAUCCGAUUCGGAGGAGUUCGAGGAGAUUCGGCGCGUGAUUGCAGAUGCCAAGGCCAACCCCCGCCAGCACCGUCGCUCGGAGGAGCGGGCGGCGUCGGUCAGCAAGGAACCUGCGUCCCGGCGCGUCUCCAACGGCAGCGGCCGCGACCUGACCCCCGUCCACGGGCCGCGGAGUCCGCCGCCGCCGGGCCCCACCGCCGCGCGGCGCAAGGUGGUCCGCCGCGAGGCCACGCGCAACGACCUCCUGUGGACCAAGGCGACGCCGGAGAACUUGCAGGCGUUCGCCGCCAAGGGGGACAUGGAGGGCGUGGCCAACAUCCUCAACGUGGGGCAGAAGGCCGAUCCCGAGUCCAUGAUUGCGGCGGCCAAGGGCGGCCACGACGAGGUGAUCUCGCUGCUCCUGGGCAUGGGCGACGCGGACCCGGAUCCCGAUCCCGUCGCGGGGGGCUCCCACAAACCGGGCUACAACACCCCCAUGCUGGCCGCGAUCGGCCGCGGCAACCUGGCCGUCAUCCGGAUCCUCCUGGACAACCCCGACUUCAACCCGACCCGUCGCCUGUAUCGAGACCGGACGUACUACGAACUGUCCCGCGAUCGCCGUGCGGAGAACUGGGAGGACGAGUACGACCUGCUCCGCGACGCAUAUGAGAAGCACGUGCGGGCGAAGCGACAGCGCAAGGCCGAACUCGCCUCCUCGCCCCGACGGGCGCGGGACAAGGACAAGGAGAACAAGCGGCCCGGGCGCCGGGACUCCACUUCUCCGGCGGCCGUCCCGCGGAAAUCCAUCGAAACCGCCGGCGCGGCGCGUCCCGUGUCCAAGGAAGCGUCCCUCCUGAAGGAGAAGCGCCGCGACGGGGUUCCCCACCCCAAAGAGCGGCCCGGCGUGCCGCGUCCGAAAGUGGCCCGGAAGGAGGGCGACGGCGCGGAGACCGCUAAACCCAAGGUGAUGACCCCGGCAGGCAAGGACAGCCACGCGGAUCGCGGCGACGAUGCACCGAAACGACGACGACUGUUCUCGGGACGACCGCCAGCGGACCGCGAGCGUCGGCGGCCCAGUCUACCCUCCUCCGACGAGGAGAGUACCCGACCGGGCGGUCCGGAAGGCGCCAAGUCCGGACCCCCGGCCCCCUUGAAGCGGGGACGCAGCAGUGCGAGCCCCGAGCGGCCGCGAUCGCGUGGCACGGAUCCCGAGCGCCCCGCCGCCCCCGACGGACCGAAGAAAAAGCGCCGUGUCCUGAACGAUGACGGGACGCCGAACCUCCCCAACGGCGGGGGGAAGCGAGAGGCGCCGCCGCCAACCGAGGAGGGUCAUCCCCUGCCGCCCCGUCCCACGACCCAUCACGAUCGUGUGGGAGGGCCGCCGCUGAAGAGCGUCGAACGGGAUCCCGUGAAAGAAGAGCACGGGAAGCAGGAGCGUCGCGGUCUGGACGACAUCCCCAUGGUGGACGCCGACAGUGCCGCAGAUCGACGCGCCCGCGAUGCCGCCGAGGCCGAUGCCCGCCGGCAGCGGGAUGCAGAGGCGGCGGCGCAACGACGAGCUGAGGAAGCGCGGCUGGCGGCCGAAGCGGAACAGGCUCGUCUGGACCGGGAAGCGGCCGAUCGGGCGGCCCAGGCGGCACGUCUGGCGCAGGAGAAAGCCGCGGAGAAGGCCGCAGAGAAAGCCGCAGAGAAAGCCGCAGAGAAAGCCGCAGAGAAGGCCGCAGAGAAGGCCGCAGAGAAGGCCGCCGAGGAGGAGAAGGAGGAGCGGCGACGCAAGGAAGCGGAGCAGCGACGGGUCAAACAGGCGGAGGAUGAGCGGCAGAAGCGACUGGAGCAGGAGCGGUUGCGAUUGGCAAAGCAGCGGCGUGAGCAGGAGGAGCUGGAGCAGCGACGGCGCGAGGGACUGCCCAGCCGACUGCGGAUCGCGGCGCACCUGGUGGGGUCGAACGACGCUCAGGCCCGCAGCCACGCGUGGCUGCGCAAAUUCCUGCCGGUAGUGACGGCGGAGACGCGGCAGCUGGAUCCUACGUGUGAUGCGACGGUGGCAGAGGACCGAUGGGUGCCGAACUACCUGCUGUCGCAGUACGCCAGUUGGGAGAAGCGCGAUGCAACCCCGACGCAACGGAUGAACCUGUGGCGGGUUACACGGCGGAUGCUGGUGCAGGCGGACGAGAGGGAAAAGGACAGUGAGACACGACCGAAAUACUUUGAGAUGGAGCAUGUAUUUUGGGUUAAGCUGUCCGACUUUAUGGAUCUUGUUCCUCAUAUUCCGCACCUCCACGGGCUGGACCUGCAAUUUCUCAAGAUGCACAUCGAUCAGGAGGCGCGGACCAACGGGCAUGGGCAUGGGCCUAUGGAGGGGUUGACCAACGGGUAUCGACCGAGUACAUACGUCUAGUGUAUGAUAUUGGAUACUACUUUACCGUA